CACUCAGCUCUAACGUCUCAGGCUCUCAGCAGUGGAAGCAUAGUCGCCGGGCUCGCCUCCUGCCUCCGUCGCGAAGCUCUGUUCCACCGUCGCCGGCGCCAUCUCUGUUCCUGCCUCCGUCGCCAGCUCUCCGUUUCCAGCGCCGUCAUCCUUCCUUGCAUUUGAAACUUCAAUGGUAACCGUCAAAAUGCACCGGCUAUCAAGGCGCUGCUCCUCUCUAUCCGCCGCCCUCCGCCACGCCGCCGUCCCUCACCGUCACCUCACUGUUCCACUUCUAUCUUCCAUUUCUUCGGUAGGUGAGGAAGAUGCUAAAGCUAGAUGGUAUUCUUCUGUCUUAAGUUCAGAGAAAUCUAGGAAUUAUCAAAACUUGAAGAAAGAUUUGUUUUUGGGGAAGCGAUAUGAGUCUACUGCUGCAAAGUCUGCUGAAUCCAACUCCACAUCAUCUGAUAGAUAUGAGUACCAAGCUGAGGUUAGUCGGCUCAUGGACCUCAUUGUUAAUAGCUUAUAUAGUAACAAGGAAGUGUUUCUUAGGGAACUUAUCAGCAAUGCAAGUGAUGCCUUGGAUAAGCUACGGUUUCUAGGUGUUACAGAGCCUGAACUUUUGAAAGAUGCUGUUGAUUUUGAUAUCCGAAUCCAAGCUGAUAAAGAUAAUGGGGUUAUCACUAUCACUGAUACAGGUAUUGGUAUGACAAGACAAGAACUCGUUGAUUGUCUUGGAACUAUUGCACAAAGUGGUACUGCAAAAUUUUUGAAGGCAUUGAAGGAUAACAAGGAUGCUGGUGGUGACAACAACUUAAUUGGUCAAUUUGGUGUUGGGUUCUAUUCUGCCUUUUUGGUUUCUGAUAAGGUAACUGUCUCUACCAAGAGCCCAAAAUCUGAUAAACAAUAUGUUUGGGAAGGAGAGGCAAAUGCUAGCUCAUAUACCAUUAGGGAAGAGACAGAUCCUGAGAAGCUGAUUCCAAGGGGAACUCGUCUUACACUGCAUCUUAAGAGGGAUGAUAAAGGUUUUGCUAAUCCAGAGCGAAUUGAAAAGCUUGUGAAAAACUAUUCACAAUUUGUCUCGUUCCCGAUAUACACUUGGCAGGAAAAAGGAUACACCAAAGAAGUUGAGGUUGAUGAGGAUCCAACUGAAGCAAAAAAAGACGAAGAAGGGAAGACUGAGAAGAAGAAGAAGGCUAAGACUGUUGUUGAGCGCUACUGGGAUUGGGAGCUCAUUAAUGAAACUCAACCAAUUUGGCUUCGUAACCCAAAAGAAGUCACCAAGGAGGAUUACAAUGAAUUUUACAAGAAAACUUUUAAUGAGUAUUUGGACCCAUUAGCAUCAUCACACUGUACCACCGAGGGUGAAGUAGAAUUUAGAUCUAUAUUAUAUGUUCCUGCUUUUGCUCCUAUGGGGAAGGAUGACAUAAUCAAUCCCAAGACCAAGAAUAUAAGACUAUAUGUUAAGAGAGUAUUCAUUUCGGAUGACUUUGAUGGAGAGCUGUUCCCCCGAUACUUAAGCUUUGUCAAGGGUGUGGUUGACUCAAAUGACCUUCCACUCAAUGUGUCACGUGAAAUUCUGCAAGAAAGUCGCGUAGUGCGGAUUAUGAGGAAACGUUUAGUUCGGAAAGCUUUUGACAUGAUUUUGGGGAUAUCUAUGAGUGAUAACAGGGAGGACUACGAGAAGUUCUGGGAGAAUUUUGGCAAACAUUUAAAACUGGGUUGUAUUGAAGAUUGUGAGAAUCACAAACGCAUCGCUCCAUUGCUUAGGUUUUUCUCAUCCCAAAGUGAAGAAGAACUGAUCAGCUUGGAUGAAUAUGUUGAGAACAUGAAGCCUGAUCAGAAAGAUAUUUAUUACAUUGCAGCCGAUAGUGUGAAUAGUGCAAAGAACACACCUUUCUUGGAGAGACUUGCAGAGAAGGAUCUUGAAGUACUGUUUCUAGUGGAUCCAAUUGAUGAGGUUGCUAUUCAAAACCUCAAGUCAUAUGAGGAAAAGAAUUUUGUUGAUAUUAGCAAAGAAGACUUGGAUCUAGGUGAUAAGAAUGAAGAAAGGGAAAAGGAGAUGAAACAGGAAUUCGGCCAAACUUGUGACUGGAUUAAGAAACAUUUGGGGGAUAAAGUUGCAAGUGUGCAAAUUUCAAACAGACUAAGCUCUUCACCCUGUGUUCUGGUGUCAGGAAAAUUUGGUUGGUCUGCAAACAUGGAAAGGCUAAUGAAGGCACAAUCUAUGGGCGAUGCCUCUAGCUUGGAUUUCAUGAGAAGCAGAAGGGUGUUUGAGAUCAAUCCUGACCACCCUAUUAUCAGGAACUUAGAUGCUGCAUUCAAAACAAACCCUGAUGAUCAAGAUGCCCUCAGAGCUAUUGACCUUCUCUAUGAUGCAGCUUUGGUUUCCAGUGGUUUUACACCUGAUAAUCCAGCGCAGCUUGGAGGGAAGAUAUACGAGAUGAUGGGUAUGGCUCUGACCGGUAAAUGGUCUGCGUAUUCUGGUCAGUCUCAUCCCGCAGGAACCCAGCCCCAUGUCCCUGAAACCUUAGAAGCUGAGGUGGUUGACCCUGCUGAGGCAAGCACUCAGAAAUGAUCAAGAUUUUUGCUCUUCCUUCAAUUUUAGCAUUCCUUAUGGGCCAAGUUAAUAUUGUUGACGGCAUCAACUGUUGGUAAUAGUGAGUAGUAGUUCACUUCACAUAUACAAAUAUAAUAAUUAGCGAUUUUCAAUGUAACGGAUACUAAGUUCGUCCUUUCUUGGUGAUAUGCUAUUAUAACUAGUUAAUACUUAAUAGCACAUCGUCUACAAGUAUUCUGUUUCAACAUUUCAUUGAUUUUUAUUGUUUGUUGGAAAGGUUAUAAUGUUAUAUGCUAUACGAUCUGAGAUGGAUUUCAGUUAA